CUCAAGCUCACAUCAGAAACAAUAAACCACAGUUCCAAUAGCCAUGACGCAAGACGCAAAAUCACCAUCCGCCUCACCCAUCGAGGUCUCCUUCCCGCUUCCCAGAGCUCUCUAUACAACACUUCAUAUCCAUCUCACUUUCCUCGCAACGACAACCAUGGUGUUUCUUACAACUACUUCAACCGGUGAAUCAAAAGGCGUUACGAGGCCAAUGGGGAGUUUCGUCUAUGCGAUGCCCAAUCGCCUGCAUCAUGGUGAUACGUUGGCCACAUCGAUGUAUACUACCCCAAACACCAUCGACUACGCCAGGCGCACGGCCCAGGCAUUGGCCCGCAGGAUGAAUAUGCCUGUCUACGUGGGGUGUAGUAUCGACCUUUCUGGCCAGGUGGCGGAGGAGGAGACCGCAGGCCUGGCGCAAAUUAUUAACACGAUCCUUGCCAAGUGGGAAGAAGUCAAAGGGAAGAAAGAAGCGCAAUCUUGAUUCUAGAUUUGUCUUGGGUUUUCACUUUAUCCGCAUGCAUCAGGCGGGUACUUUUAGCGGAGGGGGGUUUUGAAGUGCAUACAAGGGUGUUAUGGAGUUCUCUCACUUUAGUUACUUUGGUUUGGGAGGUUCCUUUGCUCGUUAGUCCCGCUUAUUGUCUGGAACUGAUAGUGGUCUUGAUGGAUCAAUUUGGGUUCUAUAAGCCAUGAUGCUACUGGCUUAUCAUAGCGAAGGGGGCCCUACACGUUCGGUGGCAUGAUACCUGUCAAUGUUUCAACCUCUCAGCGCCGACAUCACAUGGGAUCUGGAGCCGCAUGCGGAUCUCGCUGAGUAAAUAGAGGCGUUUGCCGGUUCCCCUCUCUCUGCGGAGACAAACGCAAACUUGACUGCCCCAAAAGAAGGCACACUAACCCGAGGUAUAUACAUACAUGUGGAGACUCCACUUCUCUAUCUCGGACGAAUAUUGCUCAAA